AUGGCUUCUCUCCCGCCCAUCGCCAUCCCCGGGCAACGCCUCGGCCCCAUUUCCACAUACUCAGCCGGACCAGGCACACACAUCCAACAAUCCUUCAUCUAUGCUUCCAUUGCCGGACCAGUAGUCGCAGACCCAGCCCAACCAAAGACCCAGACAAAACCAACCCUCAGAGUCUCUCGCACCCUACCAGCAAAGAAUAUAUCCACCCCACAAGAACCAGGCACAAAACCCCGCUACAACACCCUCCCAGCAGUCGACUCAAUCGUCCUUGCACGAGUAACCCGCGUGCAAAAGCGCCAAGCAACAGUCUCAAUCCUUGUCGUGACAGAAGACACAACCCAAGAUCCAACACACACACCCUCUGACAACGACAACGUCGCCGCGAUUCUCACCCACGCGGCCAACCCAGAGAACCACAGCAACACCGACGAAUUGCGCUUCCAGGCGUUGAUCCGGAAGGAGGACGUGCGCGCUGUCGAGAAGGAUCGUGUUGUCAUGGAUGAGAUGUUCCGUGUUGGGGAUAUUGUUCGGGGCUCGGUUAUUUCGCUUGGUGAUCAGACAUUCUUCUAUCUUACUACUGCGCGCAAUGAUCUUGGUGUCGUUAUGGCGCGCAGUGAGGCGGGUAAUAUGAUGUUCCCUGUUAGCUGGAAGGAGAUGAGGGAUCCAGUUAAUGGCACUGGAGAAUUGAGGAAGGUUGCUCGGCCCUUCUGA